GUGAAAUGUCAGUGUUAAAUGACAAUUGGUAAAUUGUUAUUUAUAUUUCAUAUGCAGUAACCAAUUUUUGAGAUAUUUUAGUAUACCAAUGCUUUUUGGGAGUUCUAGUAAAAGCUAUGAUUACAUUUUUAAAUCGAAUUAGUACAUGUAAUACAGUAAUGUUAAGUACUUUAUGCACAAAAAUUAGAAAUUAUAAUGUUGUACUUAGAAGAUGUAACUCGGCAAGUGUCGAAGAUAACCAAAAUAAAUUUGAGACUGUAUUUUCUUUUCCAUUUGUAAAAUAUAUAGCUUCCCUUAACAGACUUAAGGUAUUUCACGCAAUCGGUACAUCAGUCGCAUUGCCCAUUUCUGGAAUUAUGGAGAUGCUAAAUUUAUUUCCUGAAUACACUUUCUUAACAACUUCAUAUGUUGGUAUUACUGGAUUGAUUGUGCUAUCAGCUGCUACACUACCAUUUAAAAAUGUCAUAGGUUUUUUAUACAUUAGUGAAAAUAACAAAUACAUUAAAAUAUCAUCAGUAGAUUUCUGGGGCAAAAGGGUAGACAAAAUAGUAAGUGUUGAUGAUUGGAUUCCUCUUUUAGACAUGGCUCCAAAAAUGGAUGCCUUUUACUUGUCACCACAGUUAGUAGAUGGUUCCAAGUAUAAACUUUUUGUGAAGUUUGGAAAUGUGUUGAAUAGUACUAAGAUGGGUCAAGUUUUAGAAUAAAUAUAAUGCUGUAGAAUACAUGUAAAAAAUUGAAAAUAAUUAGAUAAAAAUAAAAAAUAUUUUUGAGUCAA